UGCUUUAGUUGAAGAGGAGAAUAAUAGCAUUGAGGAGAAUAAUAGCAUUGGUAAUGAUGAUGUUACACUUACCGAAUUGAAAGAAAUUAAUUGUCAGCAUGCUAACAUUGAAAAGCAGUUAAAUAAAAUUGUAAAGAUGAUAGCACAUUUAGAUUUACAAUUAGCUGACAUGAGAGACAUUUUUAGUUCACAUCUCAAUAUGAAUCCUAAUAAAGAUGAAUUUGCGGAUAUAAGAAAAAUGGUUCCAAUUAAAAGCGUUGAAGAUUUAAAACAAGUGGAAAAUUAUAUUAAUGAAGAGAAAUAUAAGUUAAUUAUGUUACGAUUUGUUACAAAAAUAGGUGGUGCAACGGGGAAGGAAAAUUUAAAUAGAAUAUAUAAAGUAUUCUUUUCAAAUGAAUUUGCCAUUCAAUGUUCAUGGCUUGGACUGAGAAAUAAUUACAGAAUAUCGGGUUCACCACUAGUAACAUUACUAAAAGAUGUGGUCACAAAGGCAUUUGCUGAUUUUCAGUAUAAAGAUUUUGAACAUGUAUCGUCUGAAUGGUUUCGACAUGGUAAACAACGUUUAGUGAGGGAACAGAACAGCGGUGCGGUGACUGGUAAGAAACAGAAGAUCCAUGGGGAGCAGGACCAGGCGAUAAUAUUUCAUACUCCACUGAAGAUGAUGGCGGUGAUUGACGAGAAACAGAAGAUGCAUGACGAGUAG